CGUCAUUAAUCUCUCCAAGCAGAAGCGCACAUACACUGUUAAUAAAUAUCUACUGCUUCUGUAUUUGAUAUAAGCGACGUCCAUAUUUCUCCCCUCAGACAUAUACCCAAUUUAAGUUAGUCUAAACUCCAAAGAGGGAGCCAGUAGUGGAGUGUUUGAUCAUUGUUCUUUAGCAAAAAGUGAUAAUGAAGGCCAGUUUGGUGGUUGAUGAAGGGUUUAUUUACGAAGAAGAGACCCAUCUCACAGUCCUAAAGACCUCACUCUUCUUUGCCAACGAUGGCUUCACCGUGUACGAUUGCAAAGGCAAGUUGGUCUUCCGAGUCGACUCGUACGGCCCCGAUGCCCGCGACAGGGGCGAGCACGUUCUCAUGGACACCCAUGGCCGCUGUCUUCUAACCGUUCGACGAAAGAGGCCGAGUCUUCAUCAUCGGUGGGAGGGGUUUCCCGGGGAGGGAAUCAACGUUCGACAACCGAUGUUUAGUGUACGGAGAUCAUCGAUAAUCGGACGGUGUAGCGUGACGGUGGAGGUGUACGAGAAUGGAGGCGAGGAGUACCAGAUAGAAGGCAACUUUGCCCAAAGAUCAUGUACUAUUUACGACGCAACCAAUAACGAAUCAGUGGCUAAGAUUCGACGCAAAGUGGAUGCCUCCACUAACGUGCUGCUUGGGAAGGACGUGUUCUUUCUGUCUGUCAAGCCAGGCUUUGAUGGUGCCUUCGCCAUGGGAUUAGUUCUGAUCCUUGAUCAGAUCAACGGUGUUGAUGAUGAUGAUGAUGAUGAUAUUCAUGUAAUAGAGAGAGCGGCGCAGGUGGAACCCGUCAUAGAGGAUUAGUUUUGUUUUAGUCGAUGAAUACGUUGUUGGGUAAAUAUCUGCUUUUCAAUUGAAUUACGUAAAAAUUUCUAUUAUAAACUUUGAGAAUACGUACAAUGUUCAAUGGGUAAUAAUGUUUUGAUGUUUCUAUUAUUACAAUUUGUGAGAUGAGCCUUUACUUA